AUGGCUUUGACUGUUCAGUGUACUGCACCUAACGGUCGCAAGUGGACUCAGCCUACUGGUCUGUUCAUUAACAACCAGUGGGUGAAGUCUUCAGAUGGUGGCAAGAUUGCUAGCAUUAAUCCUGCAACCGCCAAAGAAAUCGCUUCCGUGUAUGCUGGAACCGCCGAGGAUGUUAAUACUGCCGUCAAGGCUGCGCGUGCUGCGCUGAAUCACCCUAGCUGGCGGGAUCUGUCCGGUCUUGAGCGUGGCAAGAUGAUGAACCGUCUUGCACACCUUAUCGAAGAGAACAAAGAGACCCUGGCCACUAUUGAGACCUGUGAUAAUGGAAAGCCAUACCUUGUCUCUCUGAACGACGAUAUGACCGAGACUGCCGAGACCAUCCGAUACUACAGUGGCUACGCAGACAAAGUGUUUGGACAGGUUAUCGACACAACGGUGGAUAAGUUCGCCUAUACUGUUCGUCAGCCUGUUGGUGUCUGUGGACAGAUCAUUCCAUGGAACUUCCCUCUUUCAAUGGCAGCUUGGAAGCUUGGCCCCGCUCUGGCCUGUGGUAAUGCUGUCAUUCUGAAACCCGCCGAACAAACCCCCCUCUCAAUCCUAUUCCUUGCCAACCUUAUCGUGGAAGCCGGCUUCCCGCCCGGUGUGGUUAACAUCGUCAAUGGACACGGCGCAGUCGCUGGUGCCACUCUCGCCUCACACAUGGAUGUGGAUAAGAUUGCAUUCACCGGUAGCACUGCGACCGCGAAGCAAAUCAUGAAGAUGGCCAGUGUGAAUCUGAAGAAUAUCACACUUGAGACCGGCGGCAAGAGUCCUCUGAUUGUGUUCGACGACGCAGAUCUUGAGCAAGCGGUUGAAUGGGCACACAUCGGAAUUAUGUACAACCAAGGCCAGAUCUGUACUGCAACAUCGCGUAUCCUGGUUCAAGAGAAGAUCUACGAUCGCUUCAUUAAGGCAUUCAAGGCUCAGAUUAAGAAUGUCUCUAAGGUCGGUGAUCCAUUCGAGGAAACUACCUUCCAGGGUCCUCAGGUCACUCAGGCUCAAUAUGAGCGUAUCUUAUCUUAUGUUGAUGUCGGUAAAGCUGAGAAGGCUACACUGGAGUGUGGUGGAAAGCCAUUCAAGGGGGUUGGUGAUGGCAAGGGAUUCUUCAUUGAACCUACCGUUUUCACUAACGUAUCUCCCAAAAUGCGCAUUUACCAAGAAGAGGUCUUUGGACCUUUUGCUGUCAUUGCUCCCUUCAAGACAGAAGAGGAGGCUGUGCAGAUGGCUAAUGACACUACAUAUGGUCUUGGUAGUGCCCUUUUCACUACCAAUCUGACUCGCGCUCACCGUGUUGCUAAGAGAAUUGAGGCUGGUAUGGUCUGGAUCAACUCUAGUAAUGAUAGUGAUUGGCGCAUUCCUUUUGGUGGCGUCAAGCAGAGUGGUAUUGGGCGGGAACUUGGUGAGGCUGGAUUGGAUGCCUAUUCGAGUAUCAAGGCUGUGCAUGUGAAUAUGAAGUCUAAGCUGUAA